AUGUCGACCGAAAGAUCUCUCUUCAAGACCGUUGUCUAUGGCCUAUGGUCGUACCAAUUUGGCUUCCUCUUGUUCGCAGAAACAUACCAGCUUCUCGUGCACUCACUGUCCUUCCGUCUCCUUUUCCUGCUUCUCCCCUUCACGUUUGAGCUGUUUCUCCUUUUCACCACAGCUUCUCGCAUACCUAUUCUGGCCCCAUGGACCAAACGUUUCCACCGGUUCUUCUAUGAAACGAGAGACUGGGCUAUGGUCCUUCCAGUCUUGAGUAUCCUCUGGAUCUUUGGCAUUUUGAUGGUUGCCGGCCUGGUCUUCACAGACCUCAUUGGUUCGGGUUACGGACCCAUCAACAAAACUCUCGUAUUCAUACAAUCAUACCUUGGGUUUGUGGUUUAUAUAGUAUACAUCGGGGGUGUUAUAACCUUUAUCCCACUGCCGUUUUGGACAGCUUUUGUUGGUUUCCAGGCUUGUAUGCGGGUGAAGAACCUUGGGAGUCCCGAGGAGGAAGAGGCGAUAGGAUUGACGGCCAAGGACGACGACGACCAGUGGAACGACUUUCAAGAUAAUCGGGGCAACUGA